UAAGAUGAAAAUAGAGGGAAACUCUUUCUAUGUCCCUCUUGAACAGUUAGAUAAUGGUGGAUCUCCUCUGCUGCACUUCGACAUACGAUACAGACAGGAUAAAGAGAUGACUGAAUGGAAAGAAAGGCAGCUGUCAUCUGAUGCUGACUCUGUCUCCCUUCAAGACCUGUCCUACGGCUCAGACUAUAGACUGGAAGUCACAGCGGUCAACGCUAAUGGUUCUUCUAUCCCUGCCGUGUUCAACUUUACCAUCGCAGAACAGCCUGUGAGCAGCAGCGGCAUGACCAAAGGCCGCGUGGCUGGCAUCGUCAUGGUGAUCUUCCUGGUGGUAUUCCUGGUGGUAGACGCCACCUGCUGCUACAGAAACCGCUGCGGCCUGCUCAAUUCCAUCGCUGUGAAACUCUUUGGUCAGAAAGUCCCAGGCCUCAAAACGCUAGAAAAUGGAGAGGCAACCACUAAUGGAGAAGUGAAGCUAAAGGGCAUAUCUACUCCGAGAGGCAGUGUGCAAAAUGCGGUGGUUCAGACAUUCACUAAGGACAAGGGGCAGCUCACAGAGGUCACCUGCGACAAAGCCCCCCUUACCAAACACGAAAAAAACCUGCCAGGUAGAGACCUGCACACUGUCGAUGCGUGAGGCCAGAAACCGGAGAAACAAGAAACAACAAAUAAAAGUGAAAAAUAAAAAAUAAAAGUGGGAACCAGCAAGGAUAAUGUAUAGACAACAAUUGAAGAUAUCAAUCACUCAGUCCUAAUAACCGACUCAGAACACUUAGCGACCGUUACAUUUGACAUUUGAUCAAAACGGCCAUGGGAAAAGUCAAUCAUCACUGAGAGACUGCAGGGAAAAUACUGAUGUUGUUGAGGUUUGUUAAAACUGGGCUGUUUCAGACGUCUGUGCUGUCGGAGUGAGAAGACAGUGGGUUGAAAACCUCUCAGCUUCCAGUUCACAGGAAGACUGACACAGGCGACAGGUAGGAGAUGUGUGCUCUGAUUUAGAUCUAGCCUGACGUCGCCAGACCAAAUCACAAACGAAUGAGCUCGCAGAUUUGGCUGGUUCGCAGGCUAAUUUAAAUCAGUUCAAAAUACAUUUUACAGGGUAAUCGUGAUGUCUGUGUUUUACAACUUAUUGGUGUAAUAAAUGAAUCUUCAAAUUGCUAUUUUAUAAAAGUCACAACAAAUGUUUACCUUCUGCAGGUUGAAUGUUGU